GAGAGACGAUAAAAGGGGGAACAGCGCAGGUGUCACGUCGGAGAGCAGGUGCGUGCGGCUAGUUCGGCUCGGCUGAGGGUCGGUGCUCCUGAGGCUUCAUGAAGCUGCAAGAGCCGCCGGAGUGCGGCCCCGCCACUGCCGCCGCGCUGGAGGCGCUGAAGCAGCGGGCGUGCGAGAACGUGGAUCUGAACGCUGCGCGUCUGGGCGCGCUGAGCCGCGACAUCUGGAGCCGUCCCGAGCUGGCGUACGCGGAGCACCAGGCGCACGACGCCCUGACCCGCUUCUUCUCCGGCGGGGACCUGCCCGGCGCCGCCUGGGCCGUGCAGCCGCGCUACAAGCUGGGCACAGCUUUCCGCGCCGACUGGGGCACGGCGGCCCCGCAGGACCCGCUCCGCCUCGCCUUCCUCUGCGAGUACGACGCGCUGCCCGGGCUCGGGCACGCCUGCGGCCACAACCUCAUCGCCGAGGUGGGAGCCGCCGCCGCGCUGGCGCUGAAGGCCGCCCUGGAGGGCCUGGUGGAGCCCGUGGCCGUGCAGAUCACGGUGCUGGGGACCCCCGCGGAAGAGCAAGGAGGAGGCAAAAUAGAUCUCAUCAAGGCUGGAGCGUUCGAUGGCCUGGAUGUGGUUUUCAUGGCGCACCCCUCGCAGGAAAACGCUGCUUACCUGCCCGACGUGGCCGAGCAUGAUGUGACUGUGAAAUACUAUGGAAAAGCUUCUCAUGCUGCUGCUUAUCCUUGGGAAGGAGUUAAUGCAUUAGAUGCUGCUGUUCUUGCGUACAACAAUCUGUCUGUUUUAAGACAGCAGAUGAAACCGACCUGGAGAGUUCAUGGUGUAAUAAAAAAUGGUGGUGUGAAACCUAACAUCAUUCCUUCUUACACUGAACUAGAGUUUUACUUGCGUGCUCCUUCAAGGAAAGAACUUUCUGUUCUGACAGAGAAGGUUGAAAACUGCUUCAAAUCUGCAGCAGUGGCCACGGGAUGCAAGGUGGAAAUAAAAGGUGGUGAAAAUGAUUACUACAAUGUGCUCCCAAAUAAGAGCCUGCAGAAAAUUUACAAGGAGAAUGGAAAGAAGCUUGGAAUAGAUUUUAUAUCAGAAGAUGCUAUCUUGAAUGGUUUGUCAGGAUGUCAGUUUCUUCUGUUGAAAGGGAAGGAAGAUAGCUCAGUUGCUUCUCCAUGUCUGUGCAGCAGAACAGUCGUUAAGAGCUGAGCGCACUCGCUGCCACCUCUGCAAGGGUAUUAGUGUGCCUCUGCUCCCAGGUAUCUCUCUAGGCAGAAAAGCAUCACCAAGGCUUUCCUGAGUACCUCAGAUCACAGGCUCUGGCUGUGCCCCAUGCGGCUCUGCUCGCUGGGCACACAGCCAGGGGGAUGUGACAUAAUGUGAGACUAGCUUGGACCAGGUGCCAGGACCUGUUUCUCCUUCUGCUGUUCAUAGGACUUUACUGCAGGAAAUCCAUAACCUCCUAAAGCAGAUAACUUAGUUAAACAUGUCUUAGUUUGCUACAGGAUAUCCAUAACCUCCAGCAGAUGCCUUAAUUAAACAUGUCUUAGUUGAGGCACCCACGCCUGUGAUAACUUAAUCUAGUCAAAAUGUAGUAUUGAUGGGGUUCACUGGCUUCCUGUGCACAAAACUGAUAAAGAAGGUCUUAAGAAGAUCUAGUAUAUUUGAAAACUCCACUUUUGAAGCUUGGGACUGUAUAUAAAUGUUUCCUGGAAUCUUUUGUGUUUUCCCCUCUAUUCAUGUUUAUGGUAAUACUGACUCCAUUAAGUAUGCAGUGACUUGAAGAGGCUUCAGGAUAUAUUUUUGAGAGGCUGGAACUCCAAUAUCUCUCUGUUGAAGAUAGCACAGGAUUAUGUAUAUUGCAUUGGUAACUGCAAUUACUUAUGCUUCCAGAAAGAAUCCCAAUAUGUAUGUGUCUAGCAAGCACACUAUUUCAGAUGUUUUUAUGGAAACUAUUAGAACACCUGGUGAUCUAAACAUACUAUUAUGUUAUUCCCUUAAAGGGUGCAACAUUUUGUCUGAUAGAGGGGAAGAUUUAGCUGUCACAUUUUUAUUAAAAGCUGCCUGGAUUUUGCCUCUCCAUGUUGCUAGAAAAUAACCCAAUUUAAAUGUCUUCUACUCAGCAAAAAUAACAUGUCAACUGAUAGUACAUUGAAUAUGGAUAUAAAUUUAGGAGGAAUGACAUGUCUGAGAGCUGUGAUGCAGUGAAUUUUCUAAUGUUUCAUUUGCUAAGUGGAAGUAAGGAAAAGGGUAGCACAGUCUUUGCAGCAGUUUGUGUGUUGGGACUUAGUAAGGCAGGUCUGGAACCCUUGGUUUAGUCUGGAGUGUGCCGAACUUCUGGUUUGUCUGUCCACAUUGACCAAAGAAUGAAUCAGUAGUGUGGACUACUGGAAAUUAAAAAAACUUAUUGCUGUGCCAAGAGUUGGAUUUUCUUCAAAUGCAUCCUGAAUUUACGGGAAGAGAUGUUUUUGAACAAACUUUGCUGUUUCCCUUAUCUGAAAGCAGAGUAAAUAGCAAGCUCUUGUCCUCAUAAUGUAGGCUCUGUGGACUCACUUUCCAUAACUAUAGGCUUCCAAGUAAAAUCUGUAUUUUUCCGUUGUUUAAUUACUAAAUCUUAAGGCACUAGCAAUAUAUUCUCUUCAUAAAGUAUCACAAUAUAGAGGCUACCUGAUGUGUUAAAAUUAAAUUUUAUACACCGUUGCUAAAGAACAAAUUCUUGCGUCUCUGGCCCCAAAAAAGUUAAUUGGGAUCUUAGUGGGUCAUCCCUGUUUUUUUCUGAUAAAAAAACAAUGCUUCCUCUGGUACCUGGAUUUCACAAUAAGUGGUAUGUUGAUUUCUCCAAGAUGUCAUUUUAACAAAUAAUGAGGGGGUUGCUUGUUUGGGAAAACAAGCAAACAAACAAGCAAAAUCACUUGGGAUGUAAUUGUAGACUCUUGGAUGAUUUACUGUGAAGAAUUUUCUACUUUGGGAUGAUACCUACCAUUCAGUAGAUUAGGCAGUGAGAUAGGUGCUAGAUAACAUACUGAAAGUGAUAGGCAUGAAAGAAUCAUCAUUAAAAUCUGCAAUAUUGCUAUCAGGUGUUUGCCUACAAAGCUCUAGCAUUUUGUCUGGAGUUUAGUUCUGAUUUUAUUUCAGGGGUGCUUAUGCUGUUGAGAUUUCCAUAACUGAGAAUAAUCAAAACACAUAGAGGUAAAAACAGUUACCCUUGAUCUGUUUUUGAUUAAAGAUAAGUAGUUUCUACUUUAGUCCCCUACAGAAUGCUGAAUAUUUGCAUACUGGUGAGAAGCAGGAAUUGUUUGGCCUAGUUCUAAAGGGCUAUAACAGGGAAAUAGCUGAAAUGCCUGACACUCCCAAGGUUUGCAGCUUUCCUGUUUCUGAAUUAACAGCUUACUGUCAGGAGAUGCUUGAUAAAAAUAAGCAGUAAAAGGAAUAGGAACAUGCUGAUACAUCUUCCUUGCAGUCCAGUAACUGGUCAUUGAUCAGAAGUGCACUGGAGAGCAGUACCUGAAGAUGGCUAGUUAGGGAAAACACCUUGGUGACAGGAGAUAUUUGUAUGGAUAAUGGCUCAUAAUGUUCUUAUUUUAGUAUUUGGGGCAAAGGAUACUCCAUUUUAGAUAUGGGCUGGAGAGGAUGUCUAUCAUGCAUUUUCUUACAGCAUUCAAAACUGCCCAACACUUUUUU